AUGCCUCCAAGCAAGAAACCGUGCAUAGCAACAGCUGUCGCAGACAGCCUUGAACCCCCUGAUGGCAAUGCAAUUACGAGUCUAGCAUCUGAGCCACAAAGGGCGCAAGAAUCCUUAGCCGCAAAGGCAAGCUUCAAGAUCAAAUAUCUCUAUGCAAGCAAGAAGGGCCUCUCUAAGGCCACUCCCGCCACAUUUGGCUAUGAUAAUGUCGCAUAUCUCCGGCGCAUUGCCCGUUCAGCUCCUGUCAUUCGAGCAGUUACCCUCUUCGAAACUAUAAACAAGGGCCAGCAGGUUAACGCAUUUUUUGCGACUCUGGUUGUCUCCCUACAGCAGCCCGACCCCACGGAAACCUUUUGCGAGAGCGUCGAAGUGCUGCUCGAGCAGUAUAGACAACUCCGGUCUGAGGCUGGGGAGCUCAACAACUCUGGAGCUGCGUCGAGUCUGGCGAAAGGGACCGCCACCCACAUUCAGCUCUUGACAGUAACUGCCGGAAUUAUAUGGCACCUAUCUAAUGAGCUGAGCGAAGUGUCUGAGAUUCAAACGACAGAUCCUAAUGCUGACUUCGACCUCGUCGACACAUGCGUAAAACAAUGCCUUCUUUCAACCUUGUUCCAAACGAUGGAAUUUCAGUCCGACCUCCCGUUCUUGGGCCACUACUUGAAUAUGGAGAGGUUGAGCUAG